AUGCAGUUGGUAAGCGAUGGUGUACCAAGCCUCACGUCUGCUAGAGUAGCUCGAAAGUGGGAGUGGAUCAGUUUUGGAGGAAGUAAAGAAAAGUUAUCUCAAAGUGCGUUGAGAAUGAUAUUGCUUCUGGAGAACGGAGACGAAGCUGAUGAUACUGACAGCAGUAGCAUUGAAGCCAUUUUGGACCAUUGUUCGAAUAUUGUGGAAGCGAAAUAUCUCCUGCAACACUUAUUCAGCCAUAGUUUAGAGCAAGGAGUGUUAGCCGCGAACGUUAAGGCUAAUAAUCGAGAACUUGAAGCAAAAGUACAACAUUUGGAGCAACAAUCUUUCAUUAACGAGCAGCUUCUAUCAACAGUUAUUGAAGACAAAAGCUUAGCAAGCGAUCUCGAAUCAUUGGAAAAUGGCAUGCGUCGGAAGAGCCGUUCUCCAUCUCUUCAAUCUAUGCGAGCAGGGAGCACGUCGCCGAGCAUCACCGAUCAGUCUGAGCCAACUCUUCAACUCUAUAAAGCCAGAAGACGGACAGCAACCACUGAUGAAAUGCUCUAUCCAUCUCCAGACUCUCCUACUUUACCACCUUCAGAAAAGGAAAAACAAACGUUUGAAGAGAAACAAAACCCGGAAGAGGAGAGAAAAGAACGCAAAAGAGUUGAUGUUCCUGCUUUUUUACCUCCGUCUGCUUCGGCUACGCAUCCGCCAUCAUUCGCUCGUAAUACGCGUUUACGAAGCACAUAUGGAGGAACGAGCAACUCUGGACGGCCACCAGCGGCUCCAUCACGUGGAGGACGUGAUGUAUCUGCUCAGUCUCGAGGCUUAUCUCGGAUGUCCAGUUAUUCGCGCUUGGCAGCUGUAGCUGAAACAAUCGAAGAGCCAUCAACAUCCAUCGGUGCAGCAGCUUCUGUCACAUCAUUACCAUCGUCGUCAUCAACAAAGGAACGUUCUUCAACUCGGGAUCAACGAUCUGUUUUCGCUCGUCUCAUUCCGUCAUGGUCACAAGAAGCUAGUCCCAAGACACUCAUUAAUCGAAAACAAGGAAGAAUAGUUUCGGUACGGAAUGAUUCGUCAACCAGAACUAGAGUUGUUACGAGAACUCAUACCUUGGAAGGUCAUUCGAAAGCUAUCUUAGCUUGUGCAACAACUGAAGAUCACUUGCUGACAGGAUCAAAGGAUCGAACAGCCAAGUUAUGGGAUUUAUCGACGGGUCAGGAGAUUAGGACACUUGGAGUUCAUCCGAAUUCUGUGCAUUCGGUCAAAUUUGUACCAAACUCCAACUUGGCAUUGUCUAUUUCUAUGUAUCAAGUUAGAGUAUGGGAUAUUCGAACAGACAGUUGCAUUCGAGUUCUUCACUCUAGUGGUCAAAUCAUUGAAGGUGAUGGUGGUCCCGUCGGAUCUCGUCAAAACACAGUUCCUUUCUUGGAAACGGUUAUCAAUUCGGCCGAAGUGGACCCAUAUGGGCGAUUGUUGUUUACUUCUUUCGCUGGAGAUGUCCGCAUUUGGAAUUUGGAAAAGUGGGCUUCAUUUGGUCGUUUAGUCGGAGCAUCGCACAGCCCACGAUCGGAGGUUUCUUGCUUAGCAGUUGCGACGGGCGAAGAUGAUGCUCCAUUUGUGUUUACUGGAUCGCGUGACCAUUAUGUGAAGAUGUACGAAGUGAAUCCGGCGGGAGAAGGCGUUCAUGAAGCUGCUGUCGAAUUUUCGCCACCGCAUUAUGAUAAUGUAACUUGCACACUAGCCUACAAAGGCAACUUGUUUACAGCUAGCAAAGAUUACAACAUCAUGAAGUUCUCAUUGACUGACUAUAAACGCGAUCAUCUUGAGUUAAAAUCUCAUGACGGAUACGUGCAAGGAAUGUGCAUGGUAGGGAUUAAUUCGAAUAAGCCAUUGCUCGCAUCGGUAUGUCGGGAAGGAACCAUCAAAUUUUGGGAUGUCGCUAGUUCUCGUCGAAUGAAACUAGUGGAAGAAAUUAGUAAAGCUCACAGUGGGGGAAUAAAUGGAAUUUGCUGUAAUAAUUAUUUGAUGUUCACUGCCUCGAGCGAUCAAACUGUUGGUUUCUGGAAAAUCAAUGCUGACAGUUAG